AUGACACCUUCGGUCACAUCCCAGGCCCUCUCAUCAUCCGAUUCACCCCGACCUGGCUAUGGUGGCUUACCUGGACAGGAGUUGAAUGUUUGCUGGUACCGGCGCUGCGGGAACGACGAUGUCGAUACUAUGCUGGAACUUAGCUCAACAUCCCGAGAACCUCUGCCUUAUCUCACUGGUGUCGUGAAAGAAAGUCUACGUCUCGCCAUGGCUAAUCCAACUCGUUUCCGUCACAUCGUCCCUCCUGGUGGAAUGCAAGUUCCUGGUCUGCCCAACAUCCCAGCUGGUACCAGCGUCGGCACCGGAGCAUUCAUGCUGCAUCAUAAUCCCGAGGCCUUUCCAAACCCACGUGAGUUCAUGCCAUCGCUCUGGCAUAGUCCAUCUCAGGAGAUGUUGCGUGACAGCUUUUACUUCGGAGCCAGGUCACGACAGUGCAUCGCGCGGAAUCUUGCAUCUGCUGGACUUUGGCGGGCCGCUGAGGCUUUGGUACUAAGCGAUGUACUUCGAGGUGCAAUGGUUGUUCAGGACAAAACUGAGAUUGUCGAGUGGUUCAAUGCAAGGAUCGUUGACGAGAAGAUCGAGGUGCAUUGGUGA